UGGACGGUCUCAACCACUACGUUAUCGAUACGAAUUAAAAUUCUGGGUAAAUUUAAAAUAUCUUGAAGCAAACAUCAAAUUUGAAAAUCAUAAUCGUCAUGCUCGUUGACAUCACCAGCUGAACGGCACACUUUUCCACGGGUCCUGAACCGAACGUUAAGUAGAGUAGUUUUGUUCUAGGAAUAACGAACAGGAUAUCCGUCAAGACGAGCACUUCAAUUGUUUCCAACCCGAUCGGGGAUGAAUCAAAUCCUAUGGACGAAUGUAAAUCAUUCAAAAAAGAAUAUGACAAGUGCUUUAAUACUUGGUUCAGGGAUAAAUUUCUUAAAGGAAGUAAUGAUGACUCUAUGUGUUCAGAGCUCUUGAAACAUUACACUGGCUGUGUUAAGAAAGCAAUGAAAGACAAAGACAUAGAUAUCAGAGAAUUAAGGCGGUAUCAUACAGAGAUUGGAUCCAAAGAUGAAUGACCGAAAAAAACUAAUCUUUUAGUUGUAUUUUGAUUUGUAUACUAAAAAUUAA